UAUUGAGUUUACAGAGUGACUCAUUUCAAAUGUUCGCAAUAAGUUUAAGUAAGACGCUAAUACACCAUUAAGGUAUUAGAGUAAGGCAUUUAGGCACGGCUCAGGAAUAGAAAUGCUUCGACUGAGUCAUAAUCACUCGGAACGCCGUAACGACGAGUUGCAAUCACUAUGGAAGAUCUUAGCAAAUAUCAUAAACAAUGUAUAAAUUUAUGUGGAAAGUAAACUUUACGUUACACAAAGCAUGCCAUAAGGCGUUGCAAAUAGGCCUCUAGGUCAUUCCCCUUACACAGUCCCACUGCGAUGUGCAAGGGUCACCGAUGUCCAAGUUGACACUCCUUGAAAUGUGAUCGGUAAGAGGCGACGUUCAAAAGGCUGCUUGCCGCUUCACGCUCUUUGAGGACAAUAUGCAGAUGCAAAUGGCGGGCGCGCAGUGGCGCCUCGUAUAAAUGGCCCAGAUGCUCCUGGUGCCGUCAGUGUCCAGCCCGCCGCCAUGCAGUCCCGCCUCCUGUCCGUCCUGCUGGCGCUGCUGGUGCUGCUGGCGACGAGCUGGGCGCAGCGGCAGCCCAACAUGGCUCCAGGCCGCAGCACUAUCGUGCACUUGUUCGAGUGGAAGUGGACGGACGUAGCAGACGAGUGCGAAAGGUUCCUUGCGCCGAAGGGCUACGGAGCGGUCCAGGUAUCGCCGGUGACAGAGAACGUGGUGGUGUGGAAGGACGGCAUGCGUCCGUGGUGGGAGCGCUACCAGCCCAUCUCCUACCUCCUCCAGACGCGCUCCGGCACUGAGGAAGAGUUCCGUGCCAUGGUGCAGCGCUGCAACAAAGCUGGAGUCAGGACUUACGUUGACGUAGUGCUGAACCACAUGACCAACGAGCACGCCAAGCCAGUGGGCACUGCGGGGUCAACUGCGCAGACGACCCAAAAAGAGUUCCCAGCCGUGCCCUUCCACGCCAGCAACUUCCACCGCUCCUGCAAGCUCACAACGUACUACGACGCCAAUACGGUGCGGAACUGCGAGGUGUCCGGCCUGAAAGACCUCGACCACUCUCAGGAAAUAGUUCGAGACCGCCAGGUGGAACUUCUCAACAAACUUGUUGCAAUGGGCGUAGCUGGAUUCCGAGUGGAUGCAGCCAAGCACAUGUGGCCCCAGGACCUUAAGAAGAUCUUUGAACGAGUUCACAACCUGAGUGAGGAGCAUGGUUUCCCUGCCAACACUCGCCCUUUCCUUUACCAAGAAGUCAUUGAUAUGGGCAUUGGUGAGGCAGUGUCCUACAAGGAGUACCUCGGCAUCGGCAGAGUGCUGGACUUCCGGUACAGCGCGGAGAUCGGUCGCGUCUUUGGUGGCAAGGACAAACUCUGCUACCUUAGAAACUGGGGAGAAGGGUGGAACUUUGCCAAAAGCAGCGACGCUGUGGUGUUCGUCGACAACCACGACAACCAGCGAGGCCACGGCGCCGGCGGCAGCAACAUCCUCACGCACAAGAAGAAGAAGCGUUACACGAUGGCCGUCUCCUUCAUGCUGGCGCACCCUCACGCCGUGAAGAGGGUCAUGUCUUCGUUCGCAUUCGUCUCCAGAGACCAGGGUCCCCCUUCCUCGAGCAAUGGCUCCAUCGUGAGCCCCACGCUGCAACGGGACGGUUCCUGCAGCUCCGGCUGGAUGUGCGAGCACCGCUGGACCCCAAUCCACGGCAUGGUUGGAUUCGGCAAUGUGGUGGCGACGGAGCCUCUGUCCAACUGGUGGGACAAUGGGAACAACCAGAUCGCCUUCUGCCGUGGCAGCAAGGGCUUCGCGGCAUUCAACAACGAGGCAAAGGACUUGGACCAGACGCUGCAGACGUGCCUUCCUCAGGGCACCUACUGCGAUGUGGUCUCGGGUGGCGUGCAGGGCGGGCGCUGCGUCGGCAAGACUGUGACCGUAAGUGCGGACGGCACGGCACGCAUCGUCAUCGGUCGCGGCGGCGACGGCGUGCUCGCCAUUGACGUCAACGUGAGUAUCUCUUGCUCUGUAUGGAGUGGGUAGUGAGUACCACCUUAAGGUGUCGCAGAUGCCACCUCUUGAAAAGAGAGUGUAAAAAGUU